AUGGAGGAUGAGCAAGAACCGGCGAAGCGGUUCUUGGGCCAGGUCAAGCUGAGCCCCUCCGAGGUUCAUAACCGGAUGAUCGACUCAUGGUUCCGGUUGCAGGGACGGGAAGAGAGCGAACAUGUUACGGGCGAGAUCCGAGUGGCAAUCAAGUACCAGGCAAUUGAGUCGCGGCAUUUGUCUACCGAGGACUUCGAAAUUCUACGCGUGCUUGGAGUGGGUUCGUUCGGAAAGGUUUACCAGGUCAGGAAAAAGGACACGGGACGAAUCUACGCCAUGAAGGUCCUCGUCAAGAAGCAGGUCAUUGAACAAAAGCAGGUCGAGCACACGAUCGCAGAGCGCAAUGUCCUGAUCCAGGCCCUGCAGUCACCGUUCAUCGUCGGCCUCAAAUUCUCGUUCCAGACCCCGACCAAGCUGUAUCUCGUCCAGGACUUUAUGAACGGAGGCGAAUUAUUCUUCCACAUGCAGAAUGAGGGCACGUUCUCGGAGCCAAGGGCACGAUUCUACACAGCAGAGUUGGUCCUGGCUCUGGAGCACCUGCAUUCGCGCAAUGUGGUCUAUCGGGACCUGAAGCCCGAGAAUAUCCUGUUGUCCAGUCAAGGACACAUUGUUCUGGUGGAUUUCGGAUUGUGCAAACAGAACGUGACGGAGGACGAGCGCACACAUACGUUCUGUGGAACGACAGAGUACCUGGCCCCGGAGAUCAUCAAAGGAACAGGAUACGGCAAGGCAGUGGACUGGUGGUCGCUCGGUGUGUUAUUGUAUGAGAUGCUGGUCGGUACCUCUCCGUUUGCGGAUGGCAGGACGGAGGGAACACACCACAAGAUUUUGCACCAACCUGUCAUUUUCCCCAAGCGUUCUGGAUUUCCAGCCAUCAAGCGUACGUCCCCCAAGGGGAUCGGUCAGGUUUCGGAGCCCGAGAUGGCGUUCCCGGGCAGCACGGGGAUGAUCAGUCAAAACGCACAGGAUCUGAUCCAGGGACUCCUCAACAAGAACCCAAAAACACGACUGGGCUCGGGACCCAAUGGUGCGGAGGCUGUGGCGACGAUCAAGGCACAUCCGUUCUUUCAGGGGAUCGAUUGGAAGCGAUUGCAGACGCGGGAUGUGACUCCACCGUUCCAGCCUCGGGUUGGGAUCACGGGGGAUCUGGACGUGUCGAACUUUGACGCCCAUUUCACGGACCAGACCGCUACGUUGAGUAUGAACGGCAAGAGCAGUAGCAAGACAAAGGGUGCUGGGACAUCUUUUCUUUCUCCAGGAUCUUCGUCUUCCUCCUCGAUGCUUGUGGAUGGUCAGGCGGGCAGUUUCCUGUUACAGCAACAGCAGCGUGCUGCGAAUCUGUAUAGACAGCAGCAAAAACAGGGAGACAACUCGACCUUGAACCCGAACCCGAAUGGGAUGAUGGCGAUGGGACGUGGAAGGAGGAGCAGUAAUAGCUGGAGUAGUUAUCGGACCUUGAGUAACGACUCGUUGUUCUCGUUCAGUGAGUCGAACAGUCCGAUGCAGAUGCGAGCAGGAGCCGGGGCGGCGCCGUUGAACCGGUCGAUGACCGCGCACAGGGCUCGGACACUGAAGCAGCAGCAACAGUCGCAGCUUCAGCAGCGGCAGCAGGAGUAUUUCCAGGGCUUCACGUUUGAGGGCGAGAGUGUUUUGGAGAGUAUGAAGCGACAGGAUGAUGAGCAACGAUCGGGAAUAGCGGCCGCGGCAGGGGCGACGGUGGCAGCAGCAGCAGGAAUGGGAAUGGGGUCGUCGUUUGUGGGCGGUGGGCUUGGUGAGGAUGAUGAGGAUGAGGGGUUCCCGAUCUCGACGCGUCUUGGAUAUCGAAAGCCGAAUGAACUGUUUUCGGGAGAGGCAGGAAGUGUGGACUCGAUCUUUGGCAGCAUGUAA